AUGAGUGUGACUGCGAAUCUUAUCAAACAGCUCAGAAAUUUAACAGGCUCUCCAAUUAUUAAUUGCAAGCAAGCUUUGGAAGAAUCAGCUGGAGACUUAACAAAAGCCCAAGAGUGGCUACGAGUAAAAGGAAUUUCUCAAGCCCACAAAAAACUAGGCAAAUCGGUCAGUGCUGGCUUAGUGGGAGGUCUAAUAACUCCAAAUGCUGGCUAUCUCCUGGAAGUCCUCUGUGAAACCGAUUUUGUUGCACGAACUGAUAUGUUUCAAAAGUUCACAACUGAUACUCUAAUGUCUUGGUCAAAAUCUCAAUUACCUUUUUCACAAAUUUCUUCAUUACAUUUAGAAGGCUUUAACCAGACUCUUGAAGAAGCCAAAUUAGAAUCAAUUUCCAAGCUUGGAGAAAAUGUCCUUGUAAGAAGAGGUGAAAUGAUGGAGCAAUGCGGAAAAAGUGCAGUUGGGCUGUACCUUCAUAAUUCAGUCAACUCUUUACUUUCACAAUCAGGAUGCAUGCUGAAACUUCAAGCUGAAAAACCUUUAGCAGAAGAAGAUAAAGAAUGAAUUUCAAAAUUAGCAAAUUCUUUGUGCAUGCAAGUAGUUGCUGCAAAGCCGCUAUUUUUAUUUAAAAAUCAAAUACCUAUAGAAUUCAGAGAGAAAGAAAGAAUGGCAGUAGAGGAGCAAAUUGAUGAAAAAACCAAAGCUAAACCAAAAAAUAUUUAUGAUGAAAUCGUCAAAGGCAAACUGGAAAAAUCCUUAGACCAAGUGACGCUAUUUGAGCAAACCUUCAUGAUUUCAGAAGAACCAGGCGAAAAAUCAGUCAAACAAGUCCUACAUGAGGCAUCCAAAAAAAUCGAUUCUCCUCUCGCAAUUACUGGCUAUAAAUUUUACCAAUGUGAAUCCGAAAUUCAGCAAUCCUAA